GUUUGGUCUGGGAUUCACUCUCUGCAGGCGGCAGGUAGGGCGGCGGGAUGGGUGCGGCAUUCGGCAGGGAUGCUGAGGAUCACUUGUGUGUCUAGCGAGGAGCGAUCACAUAUCUGAAGGACACGGCGACGACGAACGAUCGUUGGUGCUGCGUGACUCAUCCUUAGAACUCCGCGAGUACGAGCGAGGUUUAGCAUCAUCAUCGUCAUCAUCCAUGGAACAGCCAGAAACGCUUCCGUAUCGUCAGCCGCCGCCAUCGUCUCCGCGCAAUAACACGUCUUCUACAAGCCACAGCAGCAGCUCACGGACGACGUCGGCAAUAUCUGGCCCGACGCCCCCGACGAUAUCGACGGCAACGUCUAUCGGUGGGAGCAGUCGAUCCGCAUACCCGCCGCCUCCCGCGUCGUCCAAUCUCCACAGAGGGGGUCGCAGUGCCACGGCGAACCACACAGGAAGCAGCAGCGCCUGUCUACCGCCGCCUUCAUCGUCCAUCAAAGACACAUCCCGAAGCAAAGGGGACUCCGCGGACACCCAUCAUCACGCGUCUCGGUCGCAUUCCAUGUCGUCAUCCCGCGACGCCAACGGCUCCACACGGCGAUCGUCCCCCACCUCUUCCAGUCGAAGCGACCCCCGACCCCCCGUGUUCCUCUCCACCCAGGGCCAUCGGUUGCGGGAACGUCACGCGCUGCUCGAAAUGAACCGCUUCCGAUCGCAUCCGGCCGACGACGGCGCACCCACGAUGGACCUUGCAACCAAUGUCCUCGGUAUGGACGCGCGCUACAUCAAAGACGCAUGCACCCCGACGUUGACAUCGAAACUGGCGGUCGUGCCAGGCGUGUUUCCCACACACAACGACCACGAUGAGGAAAAAUAUCAUUUCUUUGCCAAGCGACGGGCGACGUACGUGGCGGCCCUGCCGCGGGGCCUCGGCCCGAUGCCAUCCAAUUGGCAGCGGCAGUACGCGUUGUUCCCGGACACGCCUCGGCUGUUUGACCGCCUCUCGCCGUUGCUGCUUCAGCCUCCUCCUUCGUCGUCUUCUGUUGCCACCAAGAAGAAGAAGCCAGCGACGGACAACUCGUUCUUGGACUACUUGGUGCGCCAGGUCCGGCGCUUCGACCCCCACACGGCGCAUGUGUGGAUGACUGAGCUCGCGCGCGGCGACGUGUCGAUUCCCGCGCUCGUCCAGUCGUUUAGCGGCAUUCCAUUCGAGCAGUGGCGCGCAUCCCCAGAGUCAAAGUGCCCGCUGGUGGAUCUCGUGGCCACGUACAACGUCGGCCUGGUUGAAGCGUCGUGGUUUAUCCGGAUCAACGUCAUCUACCAAGAACUGAACGAGAUGCGCCGGGAUCGAGAUCGGCGGGUCGGCGAUUGGUUUUACCACCCGAAGCGGUUCCAGCGGCGAUCGAUGGAGUGGACUGAGCAGCUGAUUUGGUCUCUGCACACGACGGCUCGGCAGUGCUUUACCCAUCGGUUGACUGGGCAAAUGAAUAAGAACAAGAAGACGUCGUCCCACAAGACACAUGCCCCCCGACCAACUACGACGUCUGGUACUACAUCUGGACCAUCGGAAAGCAACAAGCCACAGCAGCUAGUACCACCGACAAUAUCCCCAGACGAUCGGUUUCGCUACGUGUUGCAACUAGCUGAAUACCAUUUCCGCCUGCGCUUGGUCGAUUCAAGUCGAUUUUUCAACGGACUGUUGUCGCUGUAUCAAAAGAGUUUGCUCUUGAAUUCGAAACAUGACAACCUUGGCGACGAGUGCUGGCCCGUGCUGCCGAUGCCUGUGAACCACCUGUUUUUGGUGCUUGGAGUUAUAAUCAAGCUGCUGCCGGCGAUGCUCCAAGACGCGAGCGCCACGAAACUGCUCGUCAAGAUCACGCUGGCCCACUUUCAAGUGCUGCUCGUGGUCGAAUCGCGGAGUCGCCACCACGAACGCCUCAUCGUAGCUCUUUGCGAUAUCCUUCGACUUGUGCUUCACCACGGCGCCGACCACCUCGUGCAAAUCAAAGACGAUGUGCUCAAGCAAUGGCCAGCGUGUGUAUUGACAGACGAAUUCUUUCCUUGCGACGACCCAGCGGCGCGGACAGCCGAGUUGGAGUAUCUCACGACUGCGCUGCGCCACGUGUAUGCAAGGAAAGCGCGGCUCGCAGAGUUUCAUUCAACGGUGGCGCGGCGGCGGAAGAAAGAAGCCCCGCACGACAAAACGUGUGAAGCCCGCCUGCGCAACCAAGUGGAUAUGAUUCAAGUGCUGGACGACUUUCACAGCGGCAACUCGACCGUCGAAGUCGCAGACGUUUACAAACUGAUAUUUGACGACAAGGCCCCACACGACGAUGGCUCGGUGGACGUGAAUGCCGUGACAACUAUCUGCGAAUGGGCUGUGACGAUUCAUCGGUCGCAAGAGUACAAGUAUAUUACAGCGGCGUAUAUAUUAGAAAUGCGAAACGACGCAAUCCUCGAGCAAAGAAGCACCACCACUUCGUCACAGCAGCAGCACCAAGCGACUCUGCAGGACACGUUGGUGUGGUUUCUAAAAUCGUAUGAACCGCAGCAUGCGGUCGAGUUGACGGCGGUGCUCGAGCUGUUUUCUCUCUUGAUUCGGCGUCGGCUGUUUGUGUUGGAGUCGUUUAUCGAGAGUGUGGCCAAUGGUCUCUCUGUUCCGCCUAGUAGCACCAGCACCAGCAACUCAUCGUCGUCACCGUCGGCAGUGCUCUGCCAGCCCAAGUUUCAGUUUGAAUUCGGCCCCACCAAAGGCGGGUUCAACGUGGAUCGGUUGAGGGAACUAACGCUACCCGACCGAUUGCGGCUGUACUUGUGGCAACUCCCCCGCGGCGACACCCCGCUCUCGACUCAUGUGCCGAUGGAGCUGACAGUCGACAACGACGAGUACAUGGUUGCCACGUGGAUGGAGCUGGUGCACGUAACACGCAACGAACUCAAGCGCAGUCGCGCGCUGGAGCGAGUGAUGAUUUUGACCCAUCAAGUGUUUCAGCCGUCGAGUACUAGUCCGUCGAGUUGUAGUACUACAAGUGGGGCUGCGAUGGCCGACACUACUACAGACCCUGGCGACAACAACGUCGAGCUAGAUCAAAUGGCCAAGAUCUUUGAGCUGUAUUCGCUCUUGAAAAAGCUCUCUGGACACGACAAGGGGCGGUACGCGGCGUGGCUGUUGCGGCAAGUGUACGACCAAACCACCCAAUUGUCCGAUGUGCCCCCGUUUUUCAUCUUGAACGAUCUCAACACGGUCGAACAUGUGCUCCGGCUCACGUGGCUACUACUCGAAUUGACGGAUGUGUUGAGUUUGCUGCAGCUGCUCAUCCACUGCCUUCGCCACGCCCCCGUGUACGUCAUCAAGUCGGUGGUGCUGCCCAUCUUAGAUCGGCACCACGCCACGUUUUACGCCUGCCAUGACAUUUUAUCCCUGAUACAAGCGUUUGAAUACCGAUGUAUGGCAUUUCGAGCGGCGGGACUCGACCCAGACGACUCGUACCAGACCAUCGCGCUGUUCAUUUGCCGCAUCUACCAGCGCCAUUCCAAAGCUCUGGACAAGGCGCUUCAGUCGCUCCAGCUGCACAGCCCCCCCGAAGUGCUUACCAAGGCAUUUUUCACACUGCUCAAGGACGACCUGAAGGCAUCGAAAGACACGAAAGAUGGGAUUACGAGCUUGGAAGGGGUCAACCAAAAGUUUGCGUUUCCCAAGGACAAGGAUACGAUGGCGCCAGACAUGCAGGAGCUCAUGGCGCGCGUGUUCGCAGCGCUCCAACGACCACGUGAUGCGGCGGCCACGGUGCCGUUCACACAUGUCAUGGGCACAGUGGACAAGCAUGACGUGGCAUGCCGAGAUGCGGGCGUGGACCAAGCCGUGCAGGCCAUCUUGCGGCACGGCCAGCUCACGUCGCAGCAGCGUAUCUUUAUGUUUCGCGUGCUGUUGACAGACGUGAUGGACAAGUGGAUGGCGAUGCUGCACGUGGCCACGUCCAAAGCUGCUGCAAAUGGAGCGCAAAACCACCACCAGCAGUCGAUUUAUGUGCAGGUGCCGCAGUACAUGCAUCGAUGCGUGCAUGUGCUUCGAGAUGUGAUUGAUGGCCAUGAGGAAGGCGAGCGCAAGCUGAUGCGGGACACGCUGCUCACGUGGCUACACAAGGAAGUCAUCACUGCGUUCAACGGCGUGGAGCCGACGCCGAAAGGCCAGGCGGAGAAACCCAAGCCAAAGAAUGUGUUUGUCAAGUCGUCGGCUGUCGACGCAACGUCGGGCAAGGACACAUUUGCUGCAAACUUGAAGGGCCAUCUAGACAAGAUUCAGUACGGACUCAAGCUGUUCUUGAUGGCGUUGGUCGUGCACGGGAUUGUCGACCUCACCCAAGUGCUGCGGUUUGUGCUCGUGCCGGGCUUCCCCAAGAAAAACGCCAAUGCUGCCGCCCAACGCACAGAAAAUCGUACGCUGGCCAAUCAAAUUCUGUCCAUGACGUUGGCAUUCCACCUCUUGGGCGACAACCCGCCGCAGUUUGUCAAGCUUGGCCACAACCUUUUCGCCAACUUUGAGGACCCCAUGCUCAAGUACUACUGGCGGUAUUUGCGAAGUAUGGUGCCAUGCACAGUCAUGUUUCCGUUUGUGUUUUUGCUCUGCCAAAUGUCAUAUCACUGGAGCCCCGAGAACAACGCGCUGCUGCCACGUCAAGAGCGAGGGGUGCUAGCCAGCACCAUGUUGUUCGACUGUACAAACGAUGUGGUGGUGCGCGAGCUCAUUUUCGCCGACAAGGCCGUCAAGGAGCGGCAUGUGCUCAAAGAGAAUGGCGACGUGUGGUUCAUGACGGUCAUCAUGAAGCUGCUGUGUCGGCCGCUGCACUCGCCGCCCGAGGUAUCGACGAACCGCGUCCAUCUGCUCAAAGCCGACGAGAUUUUCGCCCACAUGACCAAGUGGAGUGUGCACCGGGGGGGGUGCAUCUACCUCGAAGUUGAAGUCAAACGCCAACAUCUCAAAGUAUCCAAGCGAAUCAAACCAGUCGCCCCGAUUGUCCUCCAGCAGUUGUCGUCCGCUCCCAACAUGCGAAACCACAGUGCCACCGCGGCGGCAGUGUCCAAUGGCCUUGGCUCGAUGCUCAUAGACGGCGACAUGCAAGACGAAAACGCUGGCAAUAGUAGCAUAUACAGCAAUAGCUACUACUACCAGACCCGCCUCGAUACCAUCGUCGCCACUCCGACCUCGUACACGUUUGACAAGGACGACAAGUCGAGUGCUGCCGACAAGAUUGGCACCCUCGUUGUCCAUCGCCUCUUUGGCCGGUGCGUGCGGCCGCAGUUCCUCGCGCCGCCGGCACUCGACAGCGCCAUCGAGUCCAAGCUCGCCGCCCGCGAAGCCGCCGACGUCGGUACCGCCAACCUGUACGCGAGCAUCUUGUGCAGCAUCUACACAUCGUCGCAGACGUCAACGGCGUCGUACGCGGUUGCCACGUCAUUGAUCACGGCCGCCGUGUCGCGGGCGCUGGAAGUGCUCGAGGCAGACGCCAAAACGACGUCGGACGACCAGUACCAGGACACGUUUAACGGGUCCGUCGUCGCCGUGUUCCUUCGGCGGGUGCUGAGCUCACAGGGCGCGUCCAAUAAUCUGUUUGUACGGUACAUGCGAUCAAUGAAGGUGCAGUUGGCGUGGCUGCUGCAGACAUGUCAAGCCGACAACCACAACAAAUCGGCGGCAUUCCUAGCGGCGCUUCGGCGGAAGGUUGGACUCCGCCUACAGCUCGUGAGCAUCACCGCGUCCGUGUCGACGUCGCCGUGUCCGCACCGAAACGGAAUUGUCAAGCUGCUGUUUUCCCUCCUUGGGACUUCCAUCGUAUCGCAAGGCGGUAGCGGCGGCGGCGGUGGGACCUUGUUUGAGUGGAUUAUCGACCUCAUUCCCGUGAUUCCGUCGACUGUGUUUGCCGACCAUCACUACAAGGAUUUGGUGGGGAAGUUGCAGUUGCCGCCGUCGCUGGCCCGCAGGGUGUACGCGGUCUUCCCCAAGUCAAACUAUGGCGCUGUGCCCCUCCAAUACUCCCACGGAGGUGCCAAAGUGGACCCGUGGGGGCUCCUGGAGGGGGUGCCGGACUUGCCGAGUCGGUCCGUGACCUCUACUGCCGGGGACCUCAUCCCCCCCAUCGCCAAACGAAUGAAAACCACCCCCGUCUGAUGUCGGUAAUGAAAAUAUAUCAUUUUUCAACGACUUCACGGCCAAAGUAGGGGGAUGGAUGGAUGAUAUUGGUGUAAGAACGAGGCAGAUACACGGCCAGUCCAUUAUUAAGUAAUAUAUUCAAUACAACCCCA